AUGUAUGAGGAUCACACUGCGCUCUCCAAAAAGUCAUUCUGCUACAAAAUUUUGGUGAUCGGCGAUCCUGGCACCGGAAAGUCAAGCAUUAUCCGCCGUUACAUCCAUGACGUCUUCAGCCAAAACUACAAAGCAACGAUAGGUGUCGAUUUUGCCCUCAAAAUCCUGGUCCUCGAUGAAGAACGCAUGGUUCACCUCCAAAUGUGGGACAUUGCCGGUAAG